AUGGUGGUGCCCUGUCCCAUGGCCAAGGGCCUGGGGCCGGUGUUUGAGAAGAAGGUGGCGGACAAGGAGGCGGUUGGCGAGCCCGUCGCGGCGCUGCUGGACCCGUCGGGCGACAUCCCGGAGGACUCUGCGCUGCUGGCGCUGCUCGCCAACGUUCUCGACACGGUGGUGGAUGCCAACGAGCAUGCGUACCAGCAGGACGCCGACCCUGCGCUGGUGCCCAGCCUGACGGUUUUCCACGGCCUCCGCGCGCCGCCGAUCGGCGUCGAGGCGUACCUUGUGCGCAUCGCCAAGUACGCCAAGUGCAGCCCCGCGUGCUUCGUGCAGGCGGUUGCGCUGAUCUUUCGCCUGGCCAAGCGCGACGCGGCGUACCAGCUGACGAGCCUCAACGUGCACCGGCUCGUGCUGACCGGGGUGCUGCUGUCGGCCAAGUUCCUCGACGACCACUACUACAACAACGCCUUUUACGCGAAGGUCGGCGGCGUCAGCACAGGGGAGCUGAACCGCCUGGAGGUCGAGAUGCUGCAGCUGCUGGGCUUCCGGCUGCUCGUGCCGCGCGAGGAGCUGGAGCAGUUGCUGGCGGACGCGCAGGCCGGCUGCCUCGCCGGGCAGGUGGUGGCGCGCUGGCGGUGCGGCCGCAAGCGCAGGAGCAUGGGCCCGGACGACGGCACCGCCCUGUCUGACGCGGGUUCCCGCCGCAACAGCCCAGCAGGCCGUGCCCAGCAGCACGGGCUGGCCAUGCGCGUCAAAAGCUCGGACGCCGCAGCGGCAGCGGGCGGCGCAUCGGCCCCCACGGCCGUCAUCGCCAUCAACCCAGUGCCGCUCCCGAAAGAGGUCAGCUUCGAGCCGGAGUCGCUGCCGUCCAUCAGCGUCGGCGGCGGCGACGCCGCCGCCUGGAGCGGGGACGUCCUGGUGGUGGCCGUCAGCGAGGAUGAUCUGGAGGUCAAGGACGAGGUGGCUUCGGUAAAGGGCGAGGCCCUGGCGGCCCUCGACUCAGCCCUGGGGGGCGUCCUGGCGGAGCUGCUGGCCGCCGGCGGCUUUGAGGGCAAGCAGGGCCAGCGCACGCGCCCGUUGCGCGUGCUGGGCGCCAAGGCGGCCAACGUGGCGCUGGUCGGGCUGGGGAAGCGGGAACAGGCGGCGGCGGUGGCGGACUGGGGGCAGAGUCCCUACCAGGCCCUUGGCAGCAGCAUCGCAGCCCUCUGCAAGGAGGGCAAGCUAAAGACGGCCGCCCUGGCACUGCUGGCGCCGCCCGCGCAGCCCGCGGCCGCGGUGCAGCGGCUGGCCUCGGGGGCGCUGCAGGGCGCUUACGAGUCCACGCGGUUCAAGACCAAGGCGUCCAAGGCCGCGAAGCUGCAGUCCCUCACCCUGCUGGGCCUGGGCGACGCUGACGGCCUCGACGCCGCCAUCAAGCACGGCGCCGCCACCGCCGUUGGCGCGAUCCUCACCCGCUACCUUGUUGAGGCGCCCCCCAAUGUCUUGGAGGCCUCUGAGUGUGCAGAGCUUGGGAUGGGCCUCUUCCUGGGUGUGGCGGAGGCCAGCCACGAGCCCGCCAAGUUCAUCCACCUGGUGUACAAGCCUGAGGGGGAAGUCAAGAAGAAGGUCGCCAUCGUGGGCAAGGGGCUGACCUUUGACAGCGGCGGCUACAACCUCAAGGCGGGGGCGGGCUCCAUGAUUGAGCUCAUGAAGUUUGACAUGGGCGGCAGCGCGGCCACCCUCGGGGCCGCCAGGAUACUGGCGGACGUGCAGCCCGCGGGCGUCGAGGUCCACUUCACCAUCGCCAGCUGCGAGAACAUGGUGGCGGCCAAGGGCCUGCGCCCCGGGGACAUCCUCACCGCCGCCAGCGGGAAGACCGUGGAGGUCAACAACACGGACGCGGAGGGCCGCCUCACGCUGGCGGACGCGAUGUGGUAUGUGCAGGAGAAGCAGGGCGUAGAGGCUGUGGUGGACAUUGCCACGCUGACGGGCGCCUGCAUCGUGGCCCUGGGCGGGGAGGUUGGCGGCCUGUUCACGCCCAGCGACGAGCUGGCGGCGGCGCUCACGCAGGCUUCCAAGGAGGCUGGCGAGAAGGUGUGGCGGAUGCCCCUUGAGACGAACUACUUUGAUGGCCUCAAGAGCAGCUGCGCUGACAUGAAGAACACAGCUGGGCGUUAUGGCGGGGCCAUCACCGCGGCGCUGUUCCUGAAGGAGUUUGUGAAGGAGGGCGUGGAGUGGGCCCACAUGGACAUCGCAGGGCCGGUGUGGAACGACAAGGAGGCCCUCCCCACUGGCUACGGCGCAUCCACGCUCGCCGAGUGGGCCGCGGCGCAGGGCAAGUGA